AUGGACAACAUCGACGAGGAAUAUGACCGGACCGAACACCUUCACGACUGCGCGACGAAGGCUGAGAGUUCUAAAACCACCAAGAGACGCCUGUCUCUUGAAACUCUUGAGCUGAUACGCCAGCGUGGAGCAGCACGAGCCGCAGGGAACCAAGAACUCACGUCCGUGCUCGCAAGACUUUGCAGAGAGGCGAUAAAGGAAGACCUUAAAGAGAGAAGAGGCGGAGAAAAGUAUCCGCUAUGCCCGUAG